UUAAUUCCCUGAGAGGCAGCCCAGAAAGACACAGCUGAUGAAGAUUUCUCAAUGAAAGGGCCAAGCAAGGCGGGAGGUCGGUCGGAUCUAUAACAAUUAAUCGGUAAGAGGGAGGACAACGGCGUGUAUGGCUACAGAUACCAAAAGCACUGCGGUGAAGGUGAAGUCAAGUGCCCAGGAUGGUUCUUCAAAGGGGAAGAUCGAUUCUUCAUCUAACAAGAGGAAGAUUGACAGCUCCAGCAAGCACCCACCUGAUUCAAAGAUGAAAUCCGUCACUGUCACGAAAUCUGAGGUUAAAUUGAAAACGACAUCAUCUUCAUCAAAAACAGCAGCGAAGACAGCUACUACCAAAGUGAGAGAGAAGAAAGUCUACAGUUUACCUGGCCAGAAACAUGAUCCUCCCGAAGAGAAAGAACCCCUGAGAAUAUUCUACGAGUCCUUGUCGAAACAGAUACCAACAAGUGAAAUGGCGGAAUUUUGGUUAAUGGAACAUGGAUUAUUGUCUCCUGAACGAGCGAAGAAAGCAUUUGAGAAGAAACAGAGGAAGCAAAAGGAGAAUCGGUUGGGAACUCCUGCUAAGCCAUCAAAGCCAUCGAGUAAACCGGAGAGCUCACAGAAGCAGCAACGGGCAUCAAAGAACGGUGAUGUAAAAGCGAAGAAAAGAAUUGCCGCUGAGAGUGAUGACGACGACGAUUUCAUUUUGAGUUCUAAAAGAAAAAAAGGGUAGGAAGGAAAGCCACACAAAGUCAUGAGCUGUGUGGAGCAUUGCCUCAUUGGACUCCGUUAUUUAACUGGGGGGAAAAGAACGAAGUGUUGUCAGACAACCUAACAAUUGUUAGAUUAAGACAUUCUUUAAGUUUUUAACUCACUGAAACAAUAAAGGAGAUACUAAAUUCCUCUCUUA